GUGUCGCUGCUGCUUCCGCUGCGCUUUUCACAUUUCCGCCUGUAAAAAGAACCUUCUCGCUCGCCGUCGGCAGUUUGAAUCAACUUUAUUCAUAGCAGGCUUUGACAAUUUGUUAAACAUGGGUGCACGGGUUACGCGUGUGUUCAGGAAUUAUAACUUGGAAAACCGAGUGCACCGAGAACUCUCCAAGGACAAGCCGCGAGCGGCGCCCCGGCACGCAGUCAAGCUUCCAUCGACAGCCUCCAGCCUGCAAGAAGUGGAUUCGUUGAACCAGAAGAACGCGCCGCUGCUGGACCACCUCAGGUCCGUGUACGUGGAGUCCAGAGAUCCAGCACCGGCUGCAGCAGAGGUAUUGAAGGACGUGACGGCGGGGAAAGAACAGCGACGACUUCUCAAGUUCAGUGUCCCAGCAUCUCCGUUGGGCCUGGUGGAGCUCACGGAUGUUCCCAUUGGUAAACUGACCAUUGCUGAGGCCCUGAAGGCUAUGGGCAGCCACCAGCACCAGCCUCAGACAUGGAGCCCCGAAAAGAUCGCACAAGAGUAUUCUCUGGACUUGAAAGAAACUAAAGCACUUUUAGAGUUCUUUGUCCCCUUCAAGGUUGAGAUCAUACCACCCAAGACUAAAAAAGCCAAGGAGAUAAAGGCUGCGUAGGACUAGAGUCUCUGACAUCUCUGUGGAAAAUGACAGCAUAUUUAAUUUAUUUAUGUAUUUCAGUGUUUGUCACUGCAAGAAUGAGCUGAUUGAAAGCUUGGACAUUACAUAUUGCUGACAUGGAGAUGAGAUCAUAGGAAAUUUCAUGGGACAUAUUACCAGAUACAAAACACCCCUACAAUAAACAUGAGAAUAAUUCUAGAUAUUUAAUCUUCUUUGUAAUCCUAUUGGUUUGUUUUAUUUUCAUCAGAGAACUAUCUAAAACUGGGUGAUGUCAAUAUGCAGGUGGACAACAUCAAAAGGAGUCAUUCAGCAGUUUGGAAAGUACAUUUACUAGAUUUUCUUCAUAGAAUGACAUUCAGAUGGACAGGCUCAUAUUUGUGUGAUAUGAAAGCAAGCAAGUUUAGCAUAAAGAUAGUAAGCAAAUGGAAAAGGCUAGCACAGUUAGUGCUGGGAUUCCCAUCACUUGCAUAACAAUAAGUCCCCUGGGCAUCUCACUCAGGAAACCUGAUUCAAAGAUGCAAUUAGCAGGAGGAUCUUCUCUAAUUAGCUACACUAGCAUCACUUCCUGAGACCUGGGUGGUGCACCAAAAACCCAGUUUGACCUAACCAAGCUUGCCUGACAAAAGCCUUGGAAAAACCAAGAACUUCCUUCAGGGAUAAUUGCUGUAUUUUGUGUGGUUAUCAGCUUUCUUUGUUAAUCCGGUUUUAUGUUUUGUUUUUUUGUACUUGUGUUAUCAUCAGUCAGUAUUGAAGUUCAUGUGAUUGCACAAUUUUAUAGUUACCUGCUUCUGGUGUACAGCUGAACUUGUUAAGGUAUAUAGAACUCAUCUCCGGGGUAGAAAACACAUGUCACUUUUAUAGAAAAUUAGUAAUUCUGUGACAUUUUUUUUUAACAUCAAUACUGAGCGUCAUUGAAAACAUUGACGUUAGCCUUAACAGAUCUCGUUAACAAAACUGGGUGUAGCCAACUGUGAUGUUGCCAGUUGUUAGUAAAGUCAUGUUUUGAACCCUUGAAUAUUUUAACGAACACCAUCUUGAUGUUGUCAAAUACAUAUUGAGUGAGGGGUGGGUUUGUGUGUGAGUCAAACAUGAACUAAAGUCUAAUGUUCCUAGUAACAAAGUGACCAUAAUUUAUGAGGAAAUAGGUCAAGGGAGCUAAAAAGUCUUUUUCUCAUAUUUUUCUAAUCAGAUACAGAAUUUAUUUUCGACUUCAGCUUCCAUCUUUUACAUACAGUCUGUGGAGGCAUUGAGCUAAAUCGCAUAUCUAAACGUAGGUCAGUAAUAGGUGAAAAUACAAAAGAUCAUGGGUCAGGUUUUAUUUUUCACCAAUGCAGAUCACAUGAUAAAACGGUGCAAAUUAAGUGCUAUUGUUGUUUUAAGCUAAUGGGUAACUCCACCUCUGUACUCAUUAGAGCAAACAAAUGCAUACAAUUGACUAUCUGUGGUAUUAAAUACAUAUUUCCAUUUUAGACCACUUUAAGAUUCUACUGUUUAACUUUUGAAUUGGGUUCACAUGAGGAGUCAAAUGUAGCUCUAGUUUGUCCUGUUUCAGAGUUAUUAUCCAAUAAUGAAAGCUAUAGUCUGGGAAUGAAAGUGCAGUUCCUCUAGUACUGUCACUUGUAGUAGUUACAGACCUGUUUGCUGAUACUGUGCUUGUAUACAGGCUUGUAUGAUGAGAGUAAUUCCUCUGUACAAACCACACACAAAAGACAACAAACAGCAGCAGUCUGUUUCUAACUUGUU